UAUUUACACCAAUUAUUUCUGAUGAAGUUUCUUAGCAAAAAUCUCAGUUACAUAAUAUACUAGAAAAAGAUAGAAAUAAUGUAAGAAUUUAUAAACUUUUUUUAAGACCAAACGUGAGGUGUAUAUCACAAAUGUAUAUCAGAAUUUUUAUAAAUUACGUUUAACUUCUUUAGUCAAUUAAAUUAAUUCUUAUUUUUACUUCGCAUAAACUUUUAAUGCUAUAGAACCGCAAUCUAAGAAAACGCAUGUUCUGUGUUUUUAUAAUACGCCAUAUUUUGUAUUUGAAUACUCAAGUAUCAAAACAAUUGAUGUGAACAAAAACAAAACUCUGUGAAUCAACAAGAAAAAAUUUUCAGCAAUAACAGACUAAAUUUUUCUGAUAUAUUUUUAUGCAUAAUUAGUACAUUAAUUAUGCAUAAUUUUGUGAAUACUAUGCAAGAUAAAAAGAUUUUGUUUCUACAAUGGGUAAAAAACUUCCGUUUGAUUGGAAUGCUUUUGGCAGCGUUAUCCGGUCUUUCUUUUACUAUUAGUAACUUUAUGGUACAAAUGACUUUGAAUUCUUUUACUCGUGCAAGAAUACCUACAUUACAAUUUGUUUUUGCAAGAUGUGCAGUCCAGACUCUUUUUGUAAUACCAACUAUAAUUGUAUUGAAAGUAAAUUAUGCAAUAAAGAUAAACGAAAUACCAAUAUUUAGUCUAAUGGGGUUUGCAGGUUACGCGAAUAUUGUGUUUAUGUACUCUGCUCUUGAUAAAAUUCCUAUUGCCGACACUCUAGCAAUUACUUUCACAAGUCCUUUAUUCUGUUGUUUACUCAGCCACCUGAUUCUCAAAGAAGGCUUGCAUUGGUUUCAUGCCAUCUGUGGUUUACUCAGUUUUGGAGGCGUAUUGCUUGUUGCACAUCCAACGUUUUUGUUCGGACAGGAAAUGAAAUCAAAAACUGUUCUCUUCCAAGGUAAACAUCUAUCUCGAAGCACAAAAGAAGUAAUUUACUUUCAAGGAAUUGCUUAUGCAUUUAUUUCUGGAAUGUGCUUAGCACUAUACUUUGUACUUACUAGGUAUAUUACCAGAAAUGAAAGUCCGCUCUUGGCAAUUGCUUACCCAAGUAUUUUUGGAAUUAUUGUAAGCCCUCUAAUAAUGUUGCUAAAGCAAGAGGGUUUCAUACUUGCCGACUCAGUAGUUACAAACUUUUAUCUUUUUUUAAUUGGUUUUAUGAGCUUACUCGCUUUAUUGUUUUUGACUUUGGCUCUUAGGUUGGAGAACGCAACUAUUGUAAAUGUUAUACGUAAUGUUGAUAUAGUUUACGCAUUUGUGAUGCAAUUUGUCUUUUUAUGUGUAAAGCCGACUAAAUGGACAAUCGGAGGAUCUUUAGCAAUUAUGGCAGGAACAUCGUUAUUAGUGCUCCACAAAUGGUACUCAUCAAGAAAGGAGGACAGUAUUAGAAAAAGUGAAUCAACAGAAACCAUAGAGCACAAAUAAAAAUUGUAAUUAUUAUACGUUAUACUUUAUUAAAAACUAAUUUUUAGGUUUAUUUCAAAUAA